CAGCUGGAUGCACAGCCUUGUAGGAUGGCCGACUUGCUUUUCUGUGAGCCAACAGAACUCUAUAACAUCUUGAAUCAGGUCUCCAAGCUGUCCAGAUUAGCUGAGCCCAACUACCUCUGUUUACUGGAUGUUCGAUCCAAAAGGCAGUAUGAUGAGAGCCAUGUGAUCACUGCCCGUAGAGUGAAGAAGAGAGAUCAUCAGUACCUCAUCCCAGAGUCUGUAGAUCUGGAAUGUGUGAGGUACUGCAUCGUGUACGACAGCAACACCAGUUCCCUGGAGCUGAGCAUACGGCCUCGGUAUGAGGAGGAAGAGGAGCAAGAGGAAGAAGAAAAAGAGGGCAAGGAGGAGGACUCUGAACUCUUACCUGGACCUGCUGUGGAAUUUGGACAAAUCCUCGUCCACUUUACCCGCCAACCUGUCUAUAUCCUCAGAGGGGGCUAUGAAUGCUUCUCUGGCUUGUACCACUUCUUCCGGACCCAGAAGGUCAUCUGGAUGCCCCAGGAACUGGAUGCCUUCCUGCCAUACCCAAUUGAGAUAGUUCCUGGCAAAGUCUUCCUGGGCAAACUCAGUCAGGCCUGUAAUGCUAAGAUGCACAAGGACUUGAAAAUUAAAGCACAUGUCAAUAUCUCCUUGGAGACAACACCCUAUUUUGUAGGCAAUGUGGACAAGCUCCUGCAUAUCAAGAUUGAGGAUACUGCAGACUCCAUACUUUUUCCCUCUUUCCGCCACAUCAGUCAUUUUAUAGAACUUCACCUCAAGCUCCGAUCUGUGAUUCUGGUCUUUUCUACACGGGGCAUCAGCCGCAGUGUUGCUGCUGUGGUGGCCUUCCUCAUGCAUUAUAAUGAGGAGACCCUGAAGAGGUCCUGGGCCCAUGUGAAGAAAUGCAAAACCAACAUGCGUCCGAAUAGGGCCUUGGUGGCUCAGCUGCUGGAGUGGGAGAAAGCCCUCCACGGGGAAUAUCUCACGGACAUCUCUGAGCCUAUCUACUAACCUUCGCCCGUGACCCAGCCAUGGUCACUGAGGAGUCUGGGUUGGGACUUUUGGGGGCUGGGAGUCUGGGUUUGCACUUGGAGUGGUCCUGGAGAAGACCUUUGCUGUCUGGAGGUUCAUAUCUGCAUCUCAAGACUGUUCUGUUGUGGUUGUGGUUGUUGUUUCCCCCAAUACUGAGGAUUGGACCUAGAGCAGUGCUUCUCAACCUUCCUAAUGCUGUGGUUCUUUAAUACAGUUCCUCAUGCCAUGGUGACCCUAACCAUAACGUUAUACCAUUGCUACUCCA